AUGUUUAGACUGGUGCAGCUGCUGCGGCGAAGGCAACGCUGGAUCCUGUCCUUCGAUGUGGGCGACGAUCCCAACAUGGAGCUCCUGGACCUGCACACGGCGAUCGCUUUGGCGCGGAAGGAGAAGAUCUGCAGCUUCUACCUGGCCUCGGACCCGCGACGGGACUUGGAGGAUGUCUUGGAGGAGUAUAGCAAGAACUUGGAGCCCUUCCUGCACCUGGGUGUCCUCUACCCGCAGAUGUCCGAUGGCAUUCGGGAGAUCGGCGAGAUCUUCCACGUGCGGAUGCGACUCUUGGAGCCUUCCGUGCCAGUGCAGCCGCUGGUGCAGAGGGAGGAGGUUCUGGGGGAGCGCGGCAUCUUCUCGCUGAGUCGAGUGGCGCCCGUGGUGGAUGUGGAGAUGCCCGCACGGGAGCACAUGAGAGAAUACUCCCUCUCCUCAGAGACCUCGAACUCUGACAGCCCGCGGCAGAAGCCGCGCUCAGAGCUGGGAGGCAUUUGCUGCGAGUGCUGCCACGAGUGGUCGAAGGGAGCACUUUGUGGCAGCUUUCCCAACACGCACACGGCGAACCAGUUCUUUACACCGAAGGUCUGGGCCAACUUCUGCCGCUUGGGCCGGGAGUUGUCGUCCCCCGCCAUCGCCGCGCUGACCAACGCCCAGAUGGCGGAGAUCAACGUGCACGCAGGACCAGCCAAGUUCGAGUUCGGAGACGACGAGUUCGUCGAUUGGGUGGAUGGCCAGGCCAUGCUGUACCGGAUCAAGUUUGGAGAGGAGGGCUGCUCGUACCAGAACAGGUGGCUGGACACCUGGAACCACCGCAUGCACCGCGAGGCCGGCCGCAUUGCGGUGCGCGAGACCUGCUCCAGGCCAUCGCUGGGGUCUUUCUGGGAGCGGUUCAUGUAUCUCUUCAGCCCGCCCAACAACGAGAACGGCAACCUGCACAUCUCCCAGGCGCGCCUGAAGCCAGGGCUAUGUGACUUCACCAAAUAG